AUGAAGGAGUUCGCACCUCUCAAAAAUGACAGGCUCCUUCGAGCUGCUCGUGGCGAGAAAGUCGACAGACCACCAAUAUGGGUAAUGCGACAAGCUGGCCGCUAUCUACCGGAAUACCAUGAAGCAAAAGGAAAACAUGACUUCUUCGAAUGCUGCCGGUCUCCGGAGAUCGCAUCAACUCUGACCCUGCAACCGAUCGAUCGAUACGCCGGUCUUAUAGACGCCGCUAUCAUCUUUUCUGACAUUCUGGUCAUCCCACAGGCUUUGGGAAUGGACGUCAAGAUGGUGGACGGGAUUGGUCCCAAAUUCCCGAACCCCCUGCGCUCACCUUCGGAUCCGCAGUAUGAAGAGAUAGUCAAGCGUGAGGUAGAUGUAGCUAAAGAGCUCGGCUACGUAUACAAAGCAAUAACGUUGACAAGAACGAAACUUGCCGGUCGGGUCCCUUUGUUUGGGUUCUGCGGAGCGCCGUGGACUUUACUUUGCUACAUGGUAGAAGGCGGAGGCACGAAGCUUUUCAGGGAAGCGAAGACCUGGGUUUUCAAACAUGGCAAGGAGAGUCAGAUACUGUUGAAGAAGAUCUCCGAAGUCUGCAUCGAACAUCUUGCGUUGCAAGUGGCCGCGGGAGCACAGAUUGUCCAGGUCUUCGAUUCAUGGGCCGGUGAGCUUUCACCGUCCUCGUUCAAGGAAUUCGCCCUGCCGUGGCUACGAUAUAUCGCCGAGCAACUGCCCAAGCGUCUUCAAGAGAUGGGCGAAGACGUCGUCCCUAUGGUUGUCUUUGCCAAAGGAGCAUGGUAUGCUCUGGACGAAUUGGCUGAUACUCCUUACGAUGUGGUCGGUCUCGACUGGUUGCAUGAUCCGAAAGAGGCGGUCAAGACGGCAAGGGGACGGGUCACCUUGCAAGGCAAUGCCGAUCCUGGGGUGCUCUAUGGCAGCCAUGAGUCUAUCACCGCGGUCGCUGAACGCAUGGUCCAAGGAUUCGGUGGAGGGAAAGAACGUUGGAUCGUCAAUCUUGGGCAUGGGAUCACACCAGGAGUCAACCCUGAUGAUCUGAAAUUCUUCUUCGAAGAAAUUCACAGACUCACCGCUUGA